GCGGAGGAGCGCUUUUGUGAGGGCUGCCGGUCGAGCAACGCUGCCCCACGCAGCCGCGAUGGACCCGUGACACACCCAUCAUGGCGACCGACGCCAGGCAUUGCCAGUGAGCGCCAGGCAUUGACACCGAUGAAGGUAGCUUGCUCACCCGAGGCCUGGCCCCCCAGGCGCCCCCCGGCGCCGUCGACGACGAGAAAGGUCUGCUCGCCCGUGGAGACCUGGCCCCUCCGGCGGCCCCCGGCGUCGCCCGAGGAGACCUGGCCCCUCCGGCGGCCCCCGGCGCCGCCGGCGCCCAACCGGCGCGUCUGGGGGGCCAUCGGGGCCAUCGUGCUGCUCCAGACGGCCACGAUCGCGGCGGUGCUCGCGCCGCGCCCCGAGACCGACGCCCGGCGGCGGCUGCUCGACGAGGAGAUGAUCGAGCCGCCGUUGCUCAAGGUCCGCGAGGACCACGACCUCGGCGAGGUCGACGAGCGGCGACGGCUCAGCGGCGCGCUCUGGGGCCUCAAGACGGUGACGACCGCCACGACGCUCACGAAGUUCAUGGGCACGAUGGUCCUCUGCGACACGUCGUCCGCGGCCAUCACGGUGACGCUGCCGGCCGCGAGCGACAUGGCCGAGCAGUCCGGCGCCUCGCUCCGCCACUACAAGUUCAUCAACACGGGCAGCAACGACUGCACGAUCGCCCGCGCCGGGUCCGACACGAUCGUUACUUCUACCCUGACCGCGACCUUUACCGGCGGCGCGACGACGUCUACCUUCACAGGAACGCAGUUUACGGCUACCUUCACCGGCGACCAGUUCACGCCCGUCUUUACGGGAACAGAUUAUACGCCAGCAGGGACCGUCUCCGUACCGACCUUCACGGGAACGCAGACGGCCCCGGCGGGCACAAUCGGUGCGAUUACACCAGCCGGCACAGUCUCGCAGCCCACGUUUACCGGCGACGCUUACACGCCUGAAGGCACCAACAAUGCGCCAGCGUUCACGGGGACGCAGUACACGCCCACCGGAACCAUAUCGGCAAUUACGCCAGCUGGAACCGUGGCCGCGCCGGUAUUUAGUGGUACAGCUCACACCCCAACGUUCACGGGUGAUGCAGUAACCCCAGCGGGAAGCGUGGCCGCGCCGGUAUUUAGUGGUACAGCACACACCCCAACGUUCACGGGUGAUGCAGUAACCCCAGCGGGAGACGUGGCCGCGCCGGUAUUUAGCGGUACAGCUCACACCCCAACGUUCACGGGUGAUGCAGUAACCCCAGCGGGAAGCGUGGCCGCGCCGGUAUUUAGUGGUACAGCUCACACCCCAACGUUCACUGGCGAUGCAGUAACCCCAGCGGGAAGCGUGGCCGCGCCGGUAUUUAGUGGUACAGCUCACACCCCAACGUUCAGUGGCGAUGCAAUCACAAGUACGGUGACUCAGGGCGCGAUUACCACGGCCACCGUGUACACUGGGGCGGACGGCACGGCGACCACGACGGACACGGCGGUCGACGUCGUCACGGGGGUCGCGGUAAGCACUGUCGCGAGCGGGACCGCGAGCGGGACCAUCUCGCAAAUUACUCCCGCUGGCACCAACGAUGCGCCGGCGUUCUCGGGGACGCAGUUCACGCCCGCCGGUACCAUCUCGCAAAUUACUCCCGCUGGCACCAACGAUGCGCCGGCGUUCACGGGGACGCAGUUCACGCCCACCGGAAGCAUCUCGGCGAUUACUCCCGCUGGCACCAACAAUGCGCCAGCGUUCACGGGGACGCAGUUCACGCCCACCGGAAGCAUCUCAGCAAUUACUCCCGCUGGCACCAACGAUGCGCCGGCAUUUACUGGUACGCAGUUCACGCCCGCCGGAACCAUCUCGGCAAUUACUCCCGCUGGCACCAACGACGCGCCGGCAUUUACUGGUACGGCUCACACCCCGACGUUCACGGGUGAUGCAGACACCCCAGAGGGAAGCGUGGCCGCGCCGGUAUUUACUGGCACGGCGAAGGCGCCCGCCGGCACGGUCAGCCAGCCGACCUUUACCGGAGACGCGUUUACUGCGACAUUUACUGGGACGGACUACACCCCCGCCGGGACGAUCAGCCAGCCGACCUUCACGGGCACCCAGACGGCGCCCGCCGGCACGAUCGCCGCGAUCACGCCCACGGGGACCAUCUCCGCGGUGACGCCCGCCGGCACGAUUCAAACGGACAACCCCGGGGGGACGAUCGCGAUCGUCAACGCCGCGACGGCGUCGACGGGCUUGACGGCGAUCACGCUCAAGCCCGGGUCCUCGCUCGCGCUCGUC